AUGGAUUCAAGCAAUUCUUAAGAUGAUUCAUAUUAAAAAGUAAAUAAAAUUGUGAAUUAAGGAUUCACUACUCGAUUUGAUUUUAUAACAAAAAAAACCAGCUUGUUAUGAAAAUGAAAAAAUAUCAAUAGAUUUUUCUAAUUCAAUUAUGAGUAUGGGUAUGUACAAGAAACCGAAAUAAAUUUACAUUCAAAAUACUCAUCACACAAAAGAAAUUCAUAUAUCUAUGAUUAAAGGUAAAACAACUAAUUUAUUUAAGAGAUUAAAGAUCAAUAAGUCUUUUAAGUAAAAUAGAUCUCUUAAAACAAGAGUAAAAUUAAAAAAAAAUGUCAUUAAAUCGUUUGAAUUAAAGAGAUGAUUAAUAAAUUGAAGCAAGAGUGUAAAGGAUAAUCAACACAGUGAGAAGAAAAAGUUGCCUUUGUUCUAAUUGUGGUUAAUAAGGUGAGUUUGAGAAACGGUCAAAUACAUUUUAAGUAAGAACUUAGCAUCAAAUAAAUUCAGAAUUGAGAAUAAUGAAAUACAAUACAAGAAAUUAAAUCAAAUAGUAAUCUCUAAUAAGAAUGCAUAAAAUAUAAUAAUUAUAAAGCAAAAAAUAUCAUAUGUCAAGUUUAUCAACUCAAAUGGAGAAUCCAAUUUAAUAUAAUUAAACACCUGUUUUGGUUGUACCUACAUUAGUUGAUUUUAAGAUAGAUUUUAAAAAGAGGAUGACUCCUAAACCAGUUAUUUUAAAGUAAUUUCUUCCUACAUAGAAAAAUUAUUUUGUAAAUCAUUAUCAUAUAACUACAAGAAGUAAAAUAAAUAAUAUCCCUAUAUAAAAAACUCUUCCUUCACUGUAAGCAUUUACUUAAAGCAGGAAACACUUUGUUUAAAAUAAAUUUGAUUGA